AGCUGGGCCUGUGGGAGGGAGGGAAGGAGCGGCUGAGGCGCCUGAGGAGAAAGCUCGGGGCUUGGCUGGCCGGUUAACGGCGCCGGGAGAGCGGGUUCGCGUGACCCUUCGGGGCCGCGGGCCGGCCCCGCGUAACUUCCCCCCGCCCGUGGGGGGCAGAUUAGAACUCCCAUCAACAUUCUCAGAAGAAUGGAGAAAAUAUUCCACCUGUCCUGUCUAAAGCAUCCAGAUACAUUGUACAUUGAGCAGAACAAAAUUCAGAGCUCUGUGGCUACAUACCAGCAUGGUUGGUAGCCCUGUUGGCAUGAAACUCUAAUGCCCCAACCCCCUUCUUGGAGGGACUGAGCACUUGCAAAAGGGAAUGUUACGGUGGACAGUGCAUUUAGAAGGUGGGCCCCGGAGAGUAAACCACGCUGCUGUGGCUGUUGGACACAAAGUCUACUCUUUUGGCGGUUACUGUUCUGGGGAAGACUAUGAGACACUGCGACAGAUCGACGUUCAUGUAUUCAAUGCAGUCUCUCUGCGCUGGACCAAACUACCACCAGUGUGGACAAACAGCAGGGACCAUGUGAGGGAAGUUCCAUACAUGAGAUAUGGACACUCUGCAGUGCUUAUUGAGGACACCAUAUACAUUUGGGGAGGCCGCAAUGACACUGAGGGAGCCUGCAAUGUCCUAUACGCCUUUGACGUCAGCACUCACAAAUGGUUCACACCAAAAGUUUCUGGAAUGGUUCCGGGAGCAAGAGAUGGACAUUCGGCUUGCGUCUUGGGAAAGAGCAUGUAUAUCUUUGGGGGAUAUGAACAAUUGGCUGAUUGUUUUUCAAAUGACAUCCACAAAUUGGAUAGCAGCAACAUGAUUUGGAGUCUGAUCUGUACAAAGGGCACACCAGCUCGAUGGAGAGACUUUCACUCAGCCACAAUAAUUGGGACAAAGAUGUAUGUGUUUGGGGGAAGAGCAGACCGCUUUGGGCCAUUCCACUCCAACAAUGAGAUCUACUGUAACCGAAUCAAAGUAUUUGACACAGACACAAACUCUUGGCUGGACUCGCCUCCCACUCCCCUCCUUCCUGAAGGCAGAAGGAGCCACUCAGCAUUUGGCUACAAUGGAGAGUUGUAUAUAUUUGGUGGCUACAAUGCACGUCUGAACAGACACUUUCACGAUCUCUGGAAAUUUGAUCCAGUUUCUUUUACCUGGAAGAAAAUUGAUCCCAAAGGGAAAGGGCCAUGUCCUCGCCGCAGGCAGUGCUGUUGUAGAGUAGGGGACAAGAUCAUCCUCUUUGGAGGCACAAGCCCAUCCCCAGAGGAAGGCAUGGGAGAUGAAUUUGACCUGAUGGAUCACUCGGACCUGUACAUCUUAGACUUCAGUCCCAGCUUAAAAACACUCUGUAAACUGGCAGUGAUACAGUAUAACCUCGACCAGUCCUGCCUCCCUCAUGACAUCAGGUGGGAGCUUGCAGCAAUGACGACAAACAGCAACAUCAGCCGACCCAUCUUCUCCUCUCAUGGAUAAUCUGGUCUCCUGCUCCCCCUCCCAGCUACCCUCGGCCCCCUGCCUUGCAGACAUCAUCCACUGUCUCCUUCACUGUGCAUGAAUGUUUAGCCUAUUCAGGAAAGGGGCACUGCUUCACCGCCACAUAAGAGAUUUCUUUGUAGUCCAGCGCUAGGAGGGCUCUACUUGCCCACCCUGCUGCCACACCUCUCCAGCUGCAACUUUGCCGAGACCUCGCCUUAAAGGCAGCAUGCAUGCAGAAUUGGACAGUGCGCUCUACAGAGAAGCAGUGCGGGUGUGUUCCUGCUCCUGCUGCUGGACGCUACAGCUUACAUCUCCCUAUGGCGGUAGUACAACUUGAACAAUAGGAACAAAAGAAACUCAGGACUAACUGGUGUAAGGCCAGCAUGUGCUUCGCAUAAGUCUAGAAUCAAAGGCAAACCAAGCAAGGACUUACCAAGACCCAACUUCUCUACGUCCCUAGCCAUUUUGAGUGCCUGGCCCUCACCAUUAAUCCAAGGGCUGAACCGGGUGCCCUGUCUUAAGCCAUUUUCUCUGCUCUGCUGUGAGCGCAGAAAAGCAUGCCUCGUCUUACAUAUUUUGAAAUUUGACUGGGUUUGCCCUUCACCAUUGGGCAUCCAGGGGAAUUCCAUAUAUAUAUAUAUGUAUAUGUAUAUGUAUAUGUGAUAAUCAAGCACUCGCUGCCUUUACAGUAGUGUGGACUUCUGUGAGGUCAGACUCUUUGCUUGGAAGAGGAGGGGAAAACAAUGACAACUCUGCCCAGCUAGGCAAGGAGUGGCCAUCCAACAUCUCGUAAGACUGAGUAGAACAGAGACUUUUCUGUGCCUGUUGCAGGAGAGGUCAAUGCAAGAUCUGAAAUGCUGCUGCCCAGUUUCAUGUGUACAAGCAGCACCUCUGAAUUUAUAAAUACGGGGGGGCGGGGAAGCUAAACUUUGGUA